AUGAAGAUCGCAGCUCUCGCCGCCACCUUCGCCCUGGCCCUUGUCCCCAGCGCGUCCGCCUGGCGCGUCGGACCUGGAAAUCCCGGCUUCAAGUGCUUCCCCAACGUCGACCCUCUCAACCAGAAGAUUUCGUCGAUGAGCCCCGGCUGCAGCGGCGACUUUGGCUAUGAGUUCUGCCGCAAUCAGUUCCUCAAUUUCGCCGACAUUGGUCAUGACAACGAUGUGAGCUCCUACUCGACCAACUGCUUCAGGAUUUGA